AACCCGCAUGCGCGAGUAUAUAUAUGUCAAACGCAUGCGCGUAUUUUAAUAUCGCGCGUGCGCAGUUUUCAGUUUAAAUAAUUUAUGCAAGUCGUAGCCUGAACAGCAGCACGUGAGUUAUCUCUUCUGUAAAUCGAUUUUUUUUGCGGGGGAUUAGAAAACACCCUUUUUAUUAUUGUUAAACGAUAUGAGUUUGAUUAGAUACAUGUAUAUGUAUAUAUAAAUGUACACAGAUGUAGACUGAUGUAGAUGACAUUAAUGUAUGUAUGAAUCUGUAGAUUGGGUAAUGCGGGUCAGUUUAUCUAGCUUUUUAUUCAGCUAUUGUUCUGCAAGUGUAAGUAAUAUCACGUGUCGAUGUGAAUACAGCUGGGGGAAAUAAUAUACGUUUCGGUUGGGUGUAUCUUGUAUUUAAAAGUAUAUUAUUAAGUGGGGGGUUUAAGAUAUUAUAAAACCCUUGAUGUUUAUACUGAGUUUUUAAGGGGUAAAUUGACAAUUCAAGUGCACGCCUAAAUAUGAUUAUCUAUUGUAUCGAGGGAUUAUUGAUGAAAAGGACUGGAGUUUGUAUUGGUAAUAUCGGGCAAAGUGUUAGAACUAUAUUUGUCAACCACUUUAAAUUAAGUCAGUUUAUCGCAAAUAAUAACCCAAGUUAUAAAAAUAAAUUUAAUUUAAACAGUAAUUACAGUAGUACGCAUUUAAGAUCUAUAUGUAAUUAUUUUAUCGAACGAAGAUUUUCAAACAAAAAAAACGAUUUUAGUAAUAUUAGUUUCAAGAGUCACAGUAGCAAUAUUUUGAGUGUGCCGUUGAAAAAAAGACCGGUUAGGAAGCGGAAAUUGGUAUUUGAUGAUGGAGUGAUUCCUCCGCCGGGCUUUUGGAGCAUCAAAGCCUUAGCGACGGCAGAUGAGUAUGAUUUAGACGGGCUUCUGAAAGAACUUGUAGUCCAAGAUUUAUAUACUCCGAAAAAAAUAAAUACUUCUACUAAAUCGCUGGCUGGUGUAAUUCAUGCAGUACCAAAAUACCAAGUGGGAAAUGAACCGAGAGAAAUGUUUUUUUUUCGCGAAGGUACUAUUGUCAUGUGGAAUACUACAGAUCUUGAAUGUAAUAAUAUAUUAGAAAUUUUAAAAAAUUAUGAGUCAAACAGUUACUCUACAGAAUUAGUCCAAGCGGAAAGUGAGAUUAUGUCUUAUACUUAUGCUGAACCUGGAAGGCGAAGUCACCUUCUAGACGGCGAUAUUUACUUAGCUUCAGAGGAUACUAAUUUAGAUAAAUAUACAUUUUCAAACGCGAUAUCUCAAUCAGUUAAACUUGGUAUUUGGGAGGCAUCUUUAGACCACUACAUUGAAUCGAUUGAAUUUGUAACAGAGGAUUUGAAAGCAGGAAGAAAAAUAAAAAUGACACGGGAACAAGUUCUUCGAAAGCAAGGAGAACUUUUUGCCCUGAGGCACCACAUCAAUUUGAGUUCCGACUUGCUCGAUACCCCAGACUUUUAUUGGGAAAGAGAUGAGUUAGAAAAUCUUUAUCAGCAAACAUGUGCUUAUUUCGAUAUCUCCAAGCGAACAAAGGUAAUGAAUGAAAAGAUAAACCACUGUGUCGAGCUUGUUGAAUUGCUAUCUUCACACUUGAGUGAUCGUCAUCAUGUAAGACUCGAGUGGAUGAUAAUUAUUCUAAUUAUGGUUGAAGUAGCCUUUGAAUUACUUCAUUAUUUGGAUCGAUACUACAAGCAAGAAGAAAUUGAACAACUCGACACUCAACCACCGACUGUUUGAUGAUACUAUUAACUUUAACUAUUAUUUUCACUGUAUUAUAAUAUUAAAUAUUGGUUGUAAUGAUUAUCUAAUUUGAUUCUAAGUCAUUGGGUUAUAUAUUUUCUUCAGUAAUAUGUUUAUUUAUUAACAGUACGUGGAAUAUUUAAAUAACUAUUCAAAAGUAUACUACGUAUUUCUUAACAUUUUCAAUAAAUCCAAUUAUCAUGCUGUCUUCAACCAGCGUUUGUUCAGUUUCUCCGUCAUUCAGAAAACUUUAAUUUCUGCUAAAACUUUUUAAAGUUCAUAAAUAAGUUCAUGUCAGUUGUGGUUUAAGCGAGAUAAAAAAAUAUACGUGCUCAAUUUUUCUUCUUUUUUUUUAUCAAUCUAAUUAUUGUACAAUCUUUUUUUUUAUACUAAACUUUUAUAUUUUUAAUUUACUUAUCUUUCCUUUUUCUUACUACAGUAUUUUUUUUAUAUAUAAUAUAAAAAAAAUUAUUAAGAAUAUUUAAGAUUACAAUCUUAAUUCAGAUGAUAAAAAUCCCGCAAAAACUUUUAAAAAGUCUAUCUAAUAA